AUGCGCAACGCCGUGCCGCUCCGCCGCCAGAACGCGUGGGCCCGCGACCUCUCGGCGGACCGCAUGAACUUUUUCCUCUACCCUCCGACGGCCCGCCGCCGCAGCACGUAUCGCCGGCUGGCCCUAGACGAUGCAAGUGACAUGGUGGCUGCGCUCAAUGCCCUCUACGGCUGCGAGCGCGACGCGGUGGGGGUGCUGGACGUGGAGGCUCGGAAGGUGCUGACCAACUUCGAAGACCUCAUCCUCGCGAGCCCCGAAGUCGUCUCCGAGCGUAGGGGGCGCACUCCCUCGCGUCCCUACUUUGACGUCACGCUGCGGGCUGACAAGAAGGCCUAUGUGGAUUUCCUCCGGCGCCUGAUGGAUCGACGACUACUUGGAGUGGCGUCGGAGUCGCUGAAUCUGGUGACCCCCUUCGUCGUGGCCAAGAAGAAUGGGAAGCAGAGGCUCGUGCUGGACUGCCGGCUCACCAAUAUCCUCUUCGCCCACGCUCCCACCGUCGAGAUCGGGAGCUCCGAGGCGAUGAGCGCGAUCGAGCUGGAGCCCGGCCAGGAGUUGUGCGCUGCCUCGGCGGACAUCGAGGCCUGUUUCUACCAGUGCGGCGGCAUCGGGAGGCUGAGUAACUAUUUCUGCUUGCCCUCGGCGCCUGUCGAGGUGGCCCUCGAGCUCGGUCUGGCCGUGGACGUGUGCGGCCAGGAGUUCGCCGGGCGGGAGAGGGUCCACCCGUGCCUUGUCGUGCUCCCCAUGGGCUGGAGCUGGAGCUUCUGGCUGGUGCAGCGAAUCCACCUGGAGAUGCUGCGCCGCGCCGCGGUCCCCGACGACAGGAUCGCCCUGGGAGCCUGGCCGCUGCCGUCCUUGACCUCUGGCCCCGUGGAGCUGCCCUACUCAGACAACAUCAACGUGCUGGGGGUGCGGGCUGAGGAGGUCACCGAGCUGAGGGAUCGUGUCGUGGCCCGCUUCUCCGAGGAGGGCUUCAGCAUGCGCGAGAUCUCAGAGACGAGCGUACACUCGACCAUCCUGGGGGCCGACGUGGGGGGCCAUCCGCCCGUCACCAGGCGCGCCGGGCAGAAGCUGUGGUUGCUCAGAGGUGCGCUGCAGUGGCUAGCGAGCGGCCCCAUCGUGACUGGCCGCCAGGCAUGGAUUUUCUCCGCCGUUGCAGUGCUGCUGGGGAGCCAGCUUGACAGGCCAUGGUCGUCGACCGUGACGGCCACCGACGCCUCCGCGACGGGGUUCGGACGUUCGAGGGCCUCUCUCUGGUGCAUGCUGGGCCCGCUGAGCGUGGCUGGGCGCGGCACCUUCGCGGAGGAGCCGCUGAGCAGCUCGGGCCGCCUGCCCGUGCCGACCUUGGGGCUGAGGCCCAAGGGGCGCCGCCUGGCGACCGCCGCUGUGGGCGAGGGGCUGGUGCGCAGGCCGAGCGGCCUGGAGCUGCACGCUCGGCUGGCCAAGGCCCUGGAGCCCAACCGGAGCAGCCCCGCCUCGGCCAUGGCGCUCUCCAGGUGCGAGCUGGCCGCGGCGGCCGACGCGACGCGCGUCGGCUACAAGGCGUACUCCGAUGCGUUUCAGGUGUUCCUCGCCGAGGAGGGGGGGGCGCCGUCGACCAUCGAGGACAUGGAGGUUCGGGUGCUGCAGUUCCUCGACCUCAUGCUGGAGGCGGAGUGUACCCGGGCCGACGCGUCCAUCCUGGUCGCAGCGGUCAAGGACGCCUACCCGUGGUGCACGGGCUCUCAGACGAUGCCGCGCGUGAGCCGUGGGCUUCGUGGCUACACCAAGCGCCGACCCCCUGCAUCUCGUGCCCCCUUGCCUCGGGAACUCCUCGGUGCUGUCGUGUCCGAGAUGCUGGCGCGGGGGCAGAGGGGCUGUGCACUCCAGGUGGCAUCGACCUUCUUCACCUACGUCCGCCCAGGAGCCCUUCGGAAGCUACAAGUACGGCAGCUGCUGGCCCCCUCGAGGGCCUCGGGGCAGUUGCAGUGCUGGAGCCUGAUCCUCGCCCCGACCCAGAUGGAUGCGAGCAUGCCAGGCGAUCCGAGGGGCUCCCGCCGAGAGCUCGCCAAGACGGGCACCUCGGACGAGACCGUGAUCAUAGGCCACCCAGCCUGGCUCGGCGAGUGCCCGGCGGCUCAUGUCCGGGGGAGGGCGCCGACCGACCUGAUCUUCCCCGCCCCUGGCGCGUUCGUGGCGGCCCAGUUCGGAGUCGCAGCGAGGAAGUGCGGCCUCCCCCGGGUCUGCCUCUACCAGCUGCGACGCGGGGGUGCGUCGGGCGACGUCCUCUCAGGCCGGCGGGAUCGGAAGACCGUGAAGGCUCGGGGCCACUGGAGGACGGACUCGUCCCUGAACAGGUACGGGAAGCCCGGCGCCGUGCACCAACUCCUCAAUGCCAUGACUCCUGCCUCGAGGGACUUCGGGCGCCAGACGUUCGAGGUGGUGGGGUCGUUGUUCGAGCGGACUGUCGCCGCGGAGACCAUCCCCAAGUGA